AUGGAUGUGCAGGAAAGACAAACAAGGGAACCCCCUGGUAUCUUAAGAUAUGAUGAGGUGGAUCCGAUGCCUUAUGUGAUAAAGAGAAUGGUUCAAAGAUUAAUCCAAUGGAGUAAACUGUUGCCAGACUACAUCUCAAAUAGUUGCAUCAUCAAUAUUUAUGAUGAAGGGCGCUGCAUUCCUCCCCAUAUUGACCAUCAUGAUUUUGUUAUACCCUUUUGCACAGUGGCUUUCAUUAGCAAAAACAAUAUAUUAUUUGGAAAAGAGAUUGAUAUCGUUGGUCAUGGAGAAUUUAGAGGGUCCUUUGAAAUUCCGUUGCCACUGGAAUCAGUGCUGGUCUUAGAUGGGAAUGGUGCUGAUUUAGCUAAACGCUGCAUCCCAGGAGUACGACAUCCCGGAGUUUCCGUAACCUUCAGAAGAAUGAUGGAUGAUAAGAUACCACGAGGGUUCCGUCCAAAUUCUGAACUGGAAGAGUUGGAGCCAUAUGAGUUAUGA